CUUUUAAUUCCUGUAAAGCACUUUGUAUCGCCUUGUUGCUGAAAAUGUGCUAUAUAAAUCAAAUUACCUUACCUUACAAAAAUAUUGACUCGGAAUACUGUUGAAAUUAUAGUUGAACAAACGUAUUUCAGAUUUUCAUUGCAACAAGAAUACUUGUUUGCUUAGCAAUUGCUCAAUGAGUAUUUGAGUUGAUUUCAGGCCAAAUGUGGAGUUGUAUAAAGGCCUUUUUGUACAGAAAGUACAAUAUUCUGUGCUUAUUCUUUAGCUAAAAAAAAUAAAAAUUAAUCCAGGACAACACAAAGGUCAAACAUUAAGACUGGGGUAUGAGAGUGAUUGUCAGACAAUAAUGAAUGAUUAGAAAGUUCUGGACUAAAGGUAAAGUUGAUGCUUUAAUCAUCAACUACAGAUACACAAGACAAUUCAUGACUUAAUUAUUUGCUAAAAGCGGAAGGUUUUGGACUCUUGCUUGUUGUUUUUUAKUUUUAGUUUUAGCAGUUAAAUAUCUGAAACACAUAUCAAAAUGAAACAAUGUGAGCUCUUUAACAUGUAUGUGAUAUUUUAAUCUAAAGCUGGUAGUCAAGAAGAAAAUUUGAUUGGUUGAAUGUACCAUUAUUUCAAGUCAGUAAAACAGGACCAAUAAAUCAAACAGCAUAUUUUGAAACUUUUUCCAUAAAAAAUGUGGCUUUUGUCCUGUAUUGCUGUACAGGACAAAAGGCUGUAAUUUAUUAAGGGCGUGGAUAAAAGCUUCCUCUCGUACAGCACGUUCUCAAACAAGGUUGUGGGAGUAUUUUUAAAACACGCAAAGCCUCAAAACCGAGCGCAUUGCGUCUAAAAUGUCACCAACUGCAAAUGAUUAAAAAAAAACCCCGACUAAGUCAAAAUAUCCUCAUCAAUAACUCUCAUCUUUUUAACGUUCGUCUUUUAGCUUCUGUGUCAUGUCUGUAAGCUAUCGCUCCAGUUGGUGUUGUUGCCAGCAGCAUGAUUAAUGAUUGUUUAAAGUAGCGGGUAUUAAAGCUUUUCCCAGCCCAGGAAGUCUGUUUACUUUUCCUCUCUGUCUCUGUGAAGAAGCAAAGGUUCAGUCUGCAGACGAAGCUCCAGGUUGCGCUCCACCCACUGCAUGCAGUUAUAUAAAACACCAAGGAAACGGGUUUCCUCCUAUUGAACCAAAAAGAGCUGAAGCAUGAGUCGUCGCGUGGCCGUGGUCGGAGCGGGGAGUUCGGGUCUGGCCUGCAUGAAAUGCUGCCUGGACGAGGGGCUGGAGCCCGUCUGCUUCGAGAGCAGCGAUGACAUCGGAGGUCUCUGGAGGUUUAAGGAGAAUCCAGAGCCGGACCGCGCCAGCAUCUACAAUUCACUCAUCAUCAACACCUCCAAGGAGAUGAUGUGCUACAGUGACUUCCCCAUCCCUGCACACUUUCCGAACUUCAUGCACAACUCUCUCAUCAUGGACUACUUUCGGAUGUAUGCGGACCACUUCCAGCUCACCAAGCACAUCCGCUUACACACCCGAGUCGUGAACAUAAAGAGGAGGUCCGAUUUUUCCCGUUCGGGACAGUGGGAUGUCGAAACGGAGAACAAGGACGGCAAAAAGGAGAGGCACAUUUUUGACGCUGUGAUGAUCUGCAUCGGACAUCACUGCCACCCUCACCUGCCUCUCCAUGACUUCCCCGGCAUCGAGACUUUCAAGGGAGAGUAUUUCCACAGCAGAGACUACAAGACUCCAGAGCAGUGGAGAAACAAGAAGGUGGUGGUGAUCGGAAUAGGAAACUCCGGGGGAGACAUUGCAGUCGAACUGAGCAGAUUCGCCAAGCAGGUUUACCUGAGCACUCGAAGGGGAGCCUGGAUUCUGCACAGAGUUGGAGACAAUGGGAUGCCGCUUGAUUUACUGUAUAACAGAAUGAUGUAUCUUCUGCGUCACAUCUUUCCCUCUGACUAUAUAUCUUCCAUUGUGGAGAAACAACUCAACAGCAGAAUGAACCAUGCUCUGUACAGUCUAAAGCCCAAACACAGGUUGUUCAGUCAACAUCCUACCGUCAACGAUGACCUUCCCAACCGCAUCCUGUCCGGAACAGUUCAAGUAAAACCCAAUAUCCGCAGAUUUCAUGGCUCCUCUGUCGAGUUUGACGAUGGAAGCGUAGUGGACGAUGUUGACCUUGUGGUGUUUGCAACAGGUUACAAGUUUUCCUUUCCUUUUCUGGCCUCUAAUGUGGUCCCAGUGACUGAUAACCACGCAUCUCUGUACAAGUUUGUGUUUCCACCUGACCUGGACCGCCCCACGCUGGCCAUCAUUGGACUGGUGCAACCACUGGGAGCCGUCAUGCCCAUCAGUGAAAUGCAGGCUCGAUGGGCUACAAGGGUCUUCAAAGGUUGCAUAAAGCUCCCCUCAUUAUCCACCAUGCAAAGAGACAUCCAGUGCAAGCAGGAAGCCAUGGCCAAAAGGUACGUCACCAGUCAAAGACACACCAUCCAGGUCGACUACAUGGACUACAUGGAUGAGAUUGCAAACCUGGUGGGAGUCCGACCCAGAGUCUCCAGGCUGCUCCUGACCGAUCCCAGGCUGGGGCUGAAAGUGCUGUUCGGCCCCUGCACCCCCUACCAGUAUCGACUCAGGGGACCCGGAAAGUGGGCCGGCGCCCGCAAGGCCAUCCUUACCCAGUGGGAGAGAGUCUCUCAGCCCUUGCAGACCAGGCCGUGCAAAGACCCAGAGCGACGGAGAUCUCUGAAGUUCCCUCUGCUUCUGUCCGCGGCGGCGGUGGGAUUGGCCGCCUACUACAAUCGGAGCAGCCUCCCUGCGUUUCUGCAGGAUCCUGCUGCCUUGCUGGACAGAGUGAAAUCCUCCCUCCCCACACAAUGACGCUAAUGUCCAUCCGUUCAUCAAUUAUCUCUACCCGCUUGUCCUUGCAGGGUUGAAGCUCAUGCCAUGACUGAUUACAUUUGCCUUUAAUUGCGGUUUUAACUCAUAAACUUUGCUGCAUACUGUUUCACUUCUGAUCUUUUUAAAUGGCUAAAACUAAAACUUGACAAUACUUUAUUCUCUCUUUGGCCAAAUAGAGCCUUUCUGCAUAGUUAGCUUCCUGUAGUCCUUGGUUUAUAUAAUUUUAUAAAUCUGUUGCAACACCUACAGCCUUUGUUCUCAUUUUAAGUUUUGAAAUGCCUCCAUGCAUCCAUUUAAGACCAAAUAUAGUGUGUAUUUUUAAUUCUUACACUCUGAAACCCUCUCUUGAAAGCAUGUAUGCAGUGCAUCUAAUAAAGGUUGUGUAAAAGUUU